AUGUCAUUCCGUCGUUCUGGCCAGUCGGACUCGAGGAAAAGGCAGUCCAAGAAGGAUGAUGCUAUUAGAAGGAAAAUUGAACACGAGCUUUCCAAGAAAAGAGGCCUGGGCUCCAGAGUCAACCGCCUGAAAAAGGGUGCUCCAGGAACCGUUUGGAGCUUAAUGCCUUCGGAUCCAAUUGUCUGUAAGGCUUCUAUUACGGUGUACGAAGCUGCUCAGCUUAUGCUGGCCAAGAGAGAAAACUGUAUUCUUGUUGUGGACGACGUGGGAGGUCUCAUUGGUAUCUUUACGGCCAAGGACUUGGCCUUUAGGAUUGUGGGCCAGGGCUUGAACGCCAACAACACGCCAAUUGAACAGAUUAUGACCCGUGAUCCUAUUUGCACGCAAGCCAGCUCGCCAGCUCUGGAUGCGCUUACGCUUAUGGUGGAGAAGGGGUUCAGACACUUGCCUGUUUUGGAUGAUGAGAACCAUAUUGUGGGUGUGUUGGAUAUCACCAAAUCGUACGCUCAGCAGAUGGAGAAGCUCGAGAGAUUGCAUGCUUCUUCUAAACAGCUUUAUGAUGCCUUGGACUCGGUGAAUACCGAAAUGGGUGGUAUGGGCGACCAGCCUCGCCAGGUCUUUGAGUAUUUCCAAGAUCUCAAGCAGAAGAUGGACGGUCCUACGUUGGAGCUGGUGUUGGACCACUCUACGCAUACUGUUUACACCACGGUGAAGCUGUCCGUGUAUGAAGCAACGAUAUUGAUGAGGGAGAAUAGAACCACUGCUGUGCUUGUCAAGGAUACUAACGAUACUGUGAGCGGUAUCUUCACAUCCAAGGAUGUGGUUUUGCGUGUCAUUGCCGCUGGUCUUGACCCAAAGAAGUGCUCUGUCGUUCGUGUGAUGACGCCUCAACCAGACUUUGCCAAUUCGAAGCUCUCCAUCCAACAAGCUUUGAGACAGAUGUUCGAGGGUCACUACUUGAACUUGCCUAUUGUGGAUGACGAGAAUGAAAUUGUUGGUAUUGUGGACGUUUUGAGGCUUACGUAUGCUACGCUUAACCAGAUCAAGCGGAUUGAGAACCUGGAGAAGGAGGAGACCGGUGCAUCGGAAGGACCAGCAUGGAACAAGUUCUGGACAUCCCUUGACAACAACGACUCGGAGUCUAUUCAUUCAGACUCUGCUGUGAGUGCUCCAGAUGUCACUCCUUCAGAGUUCCAAUCGUUCAAUAUCGACGUCAACCCCUCUGACUCGAUUUCAGCUGUUGAGGAGACUUCAUCCAAGCAGAUGAGCAAAACGGCGUCCGUCGCUGCAAGAGAAGGACUCUUCGUGUUCAAGUUUCGUUCCCCAGCUCUUCAGAGCCGUGUUCACCGUGUGACUGUUCGUCCAGAACAAAGUCUUCAGGAGUUGAAGGAUGUGAUCGAUUCUAAGAUCCAUAAGAAAGACCUCGAAGCUAUGAACCUCGCUGACGGUGAAAACUACGCUAUAAGCUACGUCGACGACGAAGGUGACAUCGUUUCUAUCACCUCUGACCAUGACUUGAGAGAUUGUGUGGAGGUCCACGAGAAGUUCAAUAUCACCAAGGCAGAUAUCUACCUUCACCACCCACACGACGAGGCCCCUGUAGGCAAGGUGAAGCCUCUCAAGGCUGUCCUGACUGGCGACUUGAUACCCGGUGUUUCUAACCAAACGCUUAUUCCUGGUGUGCUUGCUGCAGCCACCGCCAUAGCCGCUGUGUUCUACGUGACAAAGAAAUAG